AUGGACGUAGAAUGCAACUUAGAACAUAAUACGGAGCUCAUUACUCGUGCUGUUUCCGACUUAUUCUCUUUCAACGAAACUCAACAGAAACGCAUCUUGGAUCAUUAUUACUUUCAUGAUGCAUCGUUCGAGUCACCUUUACUUGUUACAUCGAGUGCCUACAAUAUCCGACAUAUUCUCCUUCUGUGGAAAGCACUCAACAAAAUACCACCGACGGUUACGAAUCUGUGCUUCAACGGCAAGACAACAUGCGUGGUUUACCUGACACAGCAUCUGUGUCCCCGUGUGUUCCCCUUUGUACAACUUGAUUUGCCUGUCAUUGUUACCCUACAUUUCAAAGAAACCGAUAUAGACAGUGGUUUAUUCAAGAUUCGUCACCACAAGGAAAGCUGGACAUUAGAAGGCCUGAUACAAGCUGUGCCACUGAUCUCUUUUUGGUAUGAGCAUGUGGUGCGUGUCAUGAUGGGCAAAGCGAUUUCUUCCACCGGCGAAAUUAUCCACUCAGCAGUAGAAACAGCACACUUGCUCUCCGUUAGAAAUUGUAUCACUUUUUCAAAUUGCAAUGAGGUCAUGAUAUCAGAAAAACAUAGACAUAAACAAGAAGAUUAUGAUUAA